CGCAGGAUGGUGUCUCCGGCCAUCGCCCUUGCUUUCCUCCCGCUCUUGCUGACCCUACUGAUCAGAUACCGGUUCUACUUUGUCCUGUUGUACCGGGCCAUCCUGGUCAGAAUCUGGAAGGACUGUGUGACCGGGCUCAGUCGGGAAGAGCGUGCAUACCAGUAUGUUCUGACCCAUGCCACACCAGGGGAUCCAGACAGUGUUCUGGAUUCGUUUGAUGUGUGGUGCAGCAAGGUGGAGUUUAUCAGUAACAUUGGGCCUAAAAAAGGAAAAAUCCUCGACCGAAUCUUGAUGGAGCAGAGUCCCAUCACAGUGCUGGAGCUUGGCACUCACUGUGGGUACAGCACAGUGCGCAUGGCUCGCUCUCUGCCACUUGGUGGCAGGAUUUACACCAUAGAAAUGGACCAGAGGAAUGCAGCUAUUGCUGAGAAGAUUAUCCGCCUCGCAGGGUUUGACGAUGACACAGUGGAGCUUAUUGUGAAUCCAUCUGAUGAAGUGAUCCCCAGACUACGCUCAGACUUCGGUCUGGAGAGACUGGACUUUGUCUUCAUGGACCACUGGAAGAAAUGCUACCUUCCUGACCUGCAGAUGCUGGAAGGAUCUGGUCUGUUGGGAAAAGGAUCUAUCAUUUUAGCAGACAAUGUGCUCUUUCCUGGUGCCCCGAAAUUCCUUAGGCACAUCCGCAAGUCUGGUCUUUAUGAGUGGAAGAUUCAUCGGGCAACACUGGAGUACAGCAAGGGCAUCAGAGAUGGGAUGGCAGAACUUGUGUACCAGGGAAUCCACUGA